AUGGACAACCAACUUUGUCAGACCUUGGGCAACCUGAGGCUGGCAGAUGAUCAACCUGACUACCACGCUCGCAAAAAGAAUCUCUCUCGCCUGAUGAAGGAUCUAACCAGCAACGAAAUACGCCUUCUGAAGCAAAUCCUUUCUCAGGUCACCUUGCAAACCGACAUCAUCUCGCGACUGCCUCUUGAACUGGUCCUGUCGAUAUCAAACUACCUGGACCCAAGAGACAUCCUGACCUGCUUCGCUAUUUCCAAGACAUGGCGUGCCGGCUUCAAAAGUGAACAAGUCAUCUUCGCUCUUGCCGACAGGGUGUUUCCUUCACUUGUCUACAACGAGCCCAAUGCUGGAGAAACUCGGCUUCACUCUGAUUCGGUUGUCAAGGCACUCUGCACAUGGACGAAGAUAGCCGAGGGGAGAUACGGCAUCAAAGCCAUGACGAAAUAUCGUGGGGACGCAGAAACCUCCUUUGUUGCGGAUACUGAGGUUUAUUCCGCCACAGAACUCGAGUCCAUGUCGAAUCGCGCUCCUCUCCACGUAUCCGGAUCCCCUGACGGGGCUCUCGACUCAGUCAAGGCCCUCUAUGGCUAUGGUAAAAUAGCUUGGAGCACGACUACGGAUGGUGUUGUCGUCCUCGAUUGCCUACGAACCAGGUCACGCCAGAUCUUCGCUGCCUCCGGCAUGCGCCUAGCUGAUACGGGCCUCGUACCACUGGCCCUUGGAGACAAGCUCGUGGUCGCUGGCAUGUAUCACUAUUUGUGCGGAUGGGACAUCGAGACCGGCACGCAUAAACGUGUCACUCUCCCCUGUCAGCUUGAAGACGCCGCCACAAUCGGAUUCAAAGUCGUGGUUUGGAUGACGAACAAAGAGAUGCUGAUCUGGGAUUUUGGGCGCAGUUUACUGCCUGUCGCGUUGCCUGAAUCGCUGUUGACAACCUGUCUUGACAAUAUCCAGUGCCAGGUUCACCCAAACUCCAGCACGGUACUCUUGAAUGCUUUGGAUGCCAGUACUGCUGUGCAGGGUUCCCUUCGCUACACUCUCUACGAAUUCAGCGAUAGAAAGCUGGCCCAAACUUAUUGUUUUGAUCUCCCGCGCGAAGACCCGAAGGGUAAGCUACUUCGGGGCCAACCACUUGACCAUCUUGGGCACAAGUUUAUUCGUGCAGACUCUUACGGAUUAUUCACAAUGGGCGGCUUCAAAUAUUUUGUCGACCGGUCCGAGACGGGGUCUAUAUCCCGCUUCCUCAUCGUCCAGUUCAACGUCUACAAGAAGCGGUUUUCCCUUCAAUACUUUGACAUUCCGGAGAUCGGCGUAGGCACGUCCAACUUUUCCUGGCACGUCUGGAAUAAUCAACUGUUCGUCCAACCUGACCAUUUCGAGGAGAAUUCCGCCGGAUACGAACGCGCGCUGUCAACCAUAUACCAGUUCAAAUCUGAGACGAGCGCAACGGGAGGCGGACGGCCGGGUCAAGGGCGGGAAUGGCAGGAGCUUAGUCAGAAACCUCGAUCUGAAUACGUUUGUGUCCAUGGUGAUGACGACUUUUUGUUGUUGCUCGGGGACAGGGAAUACACGAGUUGGAGUUUCGCGUCGAACGAUCUCGACUCGGCUUAA